GAUACGUGUCAAGGCUUCGCUCGUACUAACGGGUUAUUUCCUUCUUUAGUUAAGAAUAAUUGUCAACAGCAUGUAUUGUUAUUUAUUACACCGCCCUCGAUCGGUUCGUUCGUGAUAAUGUGUGAAAAUAUACCGCUCCAGCAAUGCUUUUGUGCAAAGAGAAAGGUACAUUCACCUGACUUUGUUGGUUACUGCAUCUUUACCAUAUUAUACGACGGUAAAACACUUGCAGCAUUCGGCAAGUUUUCUUGACUAUGUUACGAUAAACGUUGCGAAGUGCACAUUUGGAGGAGCAGCAGCUGAAAAAACAGCUACCAUAUGUACCAUCCACGGGAAAGACAAGACUAGCGAGUAAGGACAGUUGUAUUCUCCGCUGCUUGGAACGAAUUGGGUUGUGUUUGCUUUCUCUUAGCUUCGUUCCAUGUUUCAUUUGCUAAUUUCGGCAUGUCCGAAAGCAUGUGCACAUUAUCGGACGUUGAUUUGACACUUGGGUGCGUCCAAGUGCUGCUCAAAUCGACAGCUUCGGGUAUGACGAGCCGAAACCGCUGGUAGCGUACGUUUUUGGCUUGCUCUCAUCGAACGUUCGACGUACCCACAUCCCUACAUGCGUAACCAAAGCCUUCGCAACAAAAUGGCAGAGAAAGUCCCUGCUGGUAUUGCACCGUCGGGCGGCGCAUUUGUCGUCAAUUCGCCCGACGCCCAUCCUCGCUCCAAUGAUAUCAUCAUGCAUAACAUCGCGAUACAACCGUUGCCGGUCGAGCCGACCCCAUCGAUUUCACACCCGCACAGCAGCAACGCAUACGUGCGUCCAUCCGGUGUUCAGCAAGCCUGCGUAUCAAAGCCGGCCAAUAAGAUUGUCGCGCCGGGAGUACUGGCCGGGCCGAGAAACGUCGUACUUCAUCGACACAAUGGUGAUUUUGGCUUCACGCUUCGCCAUUUCAUCGUGUACCCGCCGGAUUCGGUGACGGAUCCGGUCGUCAAUCCGCUGGCGGCGGUAGGGAUGCUCAACUUUGCCCAGCCCAUGGAUACGGUGUUCGUGAAGAAGGUGCACCCCAACUCGGCCGCCCACCGGGCCGGCUUGCAGGAGGGCGAUCGGCUGCUGGCCGUCAACGGGCUAACGGUCGCCGCCAUACCGUACUCGCAAGUGGUGGCCACCAUCCAGCAAACGCCAAAAACGCUCACUCUGCAGGUGGUGCCGAGAAACUACGAUAUCCUGCAAACGUUCUUCAGUGAAACCGCCUACAACCCGGAAACGAAUCAGCGUCCGCAGCCGCAGGCCGUGUCCGCUGCGAAGGUGCCGGUGUCGGCGCAACAAGAAACGCCUCCUCAACCGUACCACCCGCCGCAUCUGCUGGCGAUGGCCAGCGCACAGAAGAAGCAGGAAUCGUUGUACAGCACGCUGCAGGAGAUAGUGGUGGAAAACGUGGUGGAAGCGGGUGCCGGGAUAUCAUCCAGCAAGAAAACUGCCAUCUACGAUGAAGUACCAAAGAUAAUGGCAAACCGUCUCAACAAGCCAUCCACGACGCAGCAGCAGAGCCCGCAGCAGGCGAUGCUGAAGGCGAACGGCUCGAAGGGGGUGGCGGCGACAGCUCCGGGAUUCGCGAUGGAGCAGCUUCUCAGCAAGCAACAGCAGUAUUCACACAUACACCAGCAUCUUAAACACCAGCCACAUCAGUAUCUAGAGAAAAUAACCGUACACGAGAAGGACUGCAAGCCGUACGGUAACGGUUCUUCGCCGAUGGUUCUGCCCGGGAACAACGCGAUGGUGGAGGAUGAGUACGCCACGCCUUGCGGACAGAGCGACAGUAUCCGAAUGUCCCGGCUGCGUAAGAGUCUCGAGCAGAAGGAAGAGUUCUUACGACGCCCGUUGGUUGCUGCCUUCGAUCGAGGUGUGAUGCAGCAAGGGAUGGCGGGGGUCCCGACGAACGAUGGUCAAGACAUAGCGCAGCACCGUGAGUUCUACGGACGCCCAAAUCGUUUCAACAAACUGGUGUGGCCACCGACCGCGGCCCAUCUGUCCCUCGAACAACCGCAGGAACAAUCAACUCCCGCGGCUCCCGGCAACGCAGAUCCCACCGGUGGUAAGGCCGCCCCCGAGUCUUCCAUCGUGCCGUUGUCCGCCGGUGCCAGUUUUCAGGCAACGCCACCGAGAGGCGGCGAAAACUUAUCCGCUUCCACGCGCACCCACGUGUCGCAGCUAUCCUCGAUCCGGGAGCAGUUCUUUAUCGGCUCCCCUGCCGAAACGAUGGUGCAAGCCGCACCAAAAUCGGCCCCACCGUCGCUUACCGUCGCUGUCGCAUCACCGGCACCACCGCCCCGCCCACCACCAAUUGUGGGCACGUUCAGUGUGGCCAGCCUGCCCCUCCCGUCGCACGCCGCCAUGCACGGUGUGUCGGAAAAAACGAAGCUAUUCGAAUCGGGCCGGGCACUCUCACCCGAGGGAUUCGACCGGAUGAAUCUGUACAAGAGCGAACUGAGCAGAAUCAACACCAAACAGGUGGUGCCGAAUGUCGCCGUCCGGCGGAAGGAGUUCGAACUGAAAGCCGAAAGCACCAGUCGGCGUAUGUCAACGGAAGACAAGCAACGUUCGGUUAGUUCCGACUCCGAGUCGCAACGUACGCCGGUUCGGAUGCGCUCGCUUUCCGACGAACCAAAUGCCACGCAGAAGGCGUUCGGCAGGGCAUCGUUUCCUCCAAUGAAUCCGUUCAAUGAAGAUAACACGAAGCCGCUGGAUGAGCAGUGCCAGGACGCAGCCGAAGCGACUGUUAGCCAUGGGUCAAGCCCGCAAUCGGGUGCCGUACUGGCUGAAAACAAUCGGACGGGCAACGAAACAUCGACCGCGGCGGUCAUCAUGCGCCCGAAGCAACAGCACUCGCUGAUGGUCGGGAAGGAUGAUCGCAAGGUGCGGCGCAUUUCCUACCUUCGAGCGACGGCUCGCGAAAAUCUAUUCCACCUGAUCGAAAGCGACGCGGUGCUGGGCAGCUCGGAACCAUCGGAGGACACCACCACCACCACCGGUGAGAGCGCGAUGAGUGAGGCCUUGGGCGCGUCGGUGUCCGGCCCGCCGCAGCAGGAAACAUCCGCUAUCGACGGGGACGGGUUGUUGACGGCUGGGAAGGUUAAGUCGUCAGCGUUCGUGCAAUCGGUACAGCUAAAGAGCCAUUGUGCCAAGUCGAAGGCGUUGGCGCAUUUCCGGGACAGUCAGGCCGACAGUACGGCUCCGUUGCUCCGGGAAGGGGAGCUGAACGUCAAGGUGACGCUUAUCGACGGCAAACGGUCGGCCGAUCGCAGCUGGCGCUCGGUGCACGCCGAGUUGCGCGGCAACCGCUUGAAGAUGACCCACGUGCGUGAUGGAAAGAUUUCAACACAGCAUACUCCUGAACCAUGUGGUACUAUCGAUCUCACGAACUUCCGUGUUACGGAAGGAAACUACACGAAGCGAAAGAACGUUUUCAAGUUGGCUACGCUGGGCGGCGGCGCUUACUAUCCGGCGGAACCGUCCUCCGCCGGAGCGCGUCAAACCGAGGAGUACCGUAUGCAGCAAGGCGCGUCCGGUUUGGCCUCCCUCGGAGGGGCGUUGCCCGGUUCGGCGCGUGAACUGCUACUGCAGGCGGACAGCUACGCGGAUAUGCAGCAGUGGAUGGAGGUGCUGCGCAGUGUUUGUUGUGCGGACGGUGGAGAGGAUAGCGGAGCAAAUCAGCUGCCGGGAGGCGAUUACGUGAGCAAUCUGGGAGGACAGCAAGCGGAACCGCAACGGGUCGCGGCGCAAACCAGCGUGCAGGUGCACAGUGGUGCCAGUGGCGACGACUACUCGCCAAUUCUGUCGACAAAAUCGCAUCGAAAGUAUGCACUCGGUUCGCGGUCGCCGUCGGGUCAGUCGCCCGUUACGAAAACUCGAAAAACGCCACAACUCAACUCGAGCUCAUCGACGGGUCGAGAGCCAGCGCCGAUGGAAGCCAGCAUAGCCGGCAGCCGGCAGGUGGCGAUUCCAUCGAGUCAAUAUCAAAUCAAUCAACAUCCCACCAAUCAACUGAUGAUCCAUCAGCACCAUCAGCAUUUCGGCAGCGGGAAAGAAAACUCGGACCGCGAGGGCAGCUCGCCCAAGUCCAAGACGUGGAAGGGUAUCGUCGCGCGUCAGUUCCGCAAGAUGCAAGGUCAGCCGUCGGAAUCGGGCGGAUCGGGUCAUUCUGCCGACCUGAUGGUGUUCCCCGAGGGUGCGUCCAUCAAUGUGCCGCUGCAGUUCUGCCCGGUGUCGGAGGACGACCCGUACGUGCCGCUCGUGCUAACCAAGUGCACCGGCAUCGUCGAGUCGAAGGGGUUGAGCGUGGUCGGCAUCUACCGUAUACCCGGCAACACCGCCGCCAUCACGCAGCUAACCGAAACGAUCAACCGCGGGCUGGACGAAGCGACACUGUCCGAUCCGCGCUGGGACGACGUGAACGUGGUGUCGUCGCUGCUCAAGUCGUUCAUCCGCAACCUGCCCGAGCCCCUGCUACCGAAGGAGCUCUACGGUGGGUUCAUCGCCGCGGACAAGCUGAGUGGCGCACGGCGUCUGAUCGAGCUCAGGCAGCUGCUACGGCGCAUACCGCCGAUGAACUACGAAACGCUCAAGCACCUGAUGCGCCAUCUCUAUCGCGUCAGCACCAACAGCGAGGUUAACCUGAUGGACCCUCGCAACCUGGCGAUCGUGUUCGGCCCGUCGGUGGUCCGCUCCGCGAACGAGUCACUCGAAACCGCCGUCAAGGACAUGCGACACCAGUGCCAGAUCGUGGAAGUGCUUAUCAAUUACUAUCAAUACUUCUUCGAAGAUGGCCCACUACCGAGCGUGGAGGAAAAGAUUAUCGACGCGACCGUUGUCGACUCCGGUGUUGAGGAUCCAUCAACUUCGCUGCUGCUGGAUAACGUUUCGAAAAUCGAGCCACUCAAAGAAUCCUCGAAAGAGAGUAGCUCCGGAUUUGUGGCAAACAUCGUGCAGGCAGCAAAUAGGAAGAUUCGUCGUUCGGCACAGCGCAAGAGUACCAUGUCUUCGACCACCCCGGAUACGCUAUCCCUCGACAGCACGAUGUCGGCCGAGUCGAAAGAGCAAACGAUGCGGAUUACACGACGCUGCAUUGACAUACAAAAGACCAGGGCGACGGCCGGCAGCCUGAGCAGUGACGGCAAGCAGAUGGAUGAAGAUUCCACCGUGCUGCUGGUGAAAACGGGCUCGACCGGCCCGUGCGCGGACGCCCUUCCCGCCAAGGAUCUGGUGGACCGUGGCCAGCAGCACCGCCAUCGGCUGACGAAGAAGGAGGAAAAUCUGUUACAGCUGCAUCACCACCAUCACCAUCAUCAUCACUACUACCACAGCAGUCGGCAUCAUAGCGCCCAGAGCAACGACGAUGCGUCUGCUGUGUCGAGCCGUUCGUCCGAGGACGACUCCAACGACAGUACCUUUGCGGAUAAUGGUGAUAUGUCGCUGAAAACGGUAACCAUCGCAUUGGACAACAAGUUGCGCUCGUUGCGGAACUCUUCCAUCGAUGACUCGGACCGCGAUCUGGCGCUGGAGUGCAGUGAAGGGGACUUGAGCAGCGUUGGUAGUGGCAACGUCCGUCAUUCACUGCACCAGCAGUAUCACAUGGGUCGGACGGCACGGCCACUGACGCUCGGCGAAAACAUCCCGUACGCUGACGAGUCGCCCGAGCGACCGUUGGUGCAGAGUCGCUCGAAACCGCUGCGCCAGUCGGGCAAGGGUGCGGGUUCGGGCAUGCUGAUGGCGCACAGCGGCGAGGAUGUGCCGCUGAAGAAGGCAUCGAGUGCGGGGUUGGGCUGCGAGGCAGGCAGCAGCACACAUUCGAGUACAAACGACAGUUGUCUGACGCUGGUUAACGAGACGGAUGCGUUGGUGGUUGGUGCGGGGGGCGACCAUGGCGACACGACGGCGCACGAAGACGAUGCGGCCAGCGAGCUGGUGGGAGUCGGCCGGAGUAAUAUGGUGCUGAGCUCGGACGAGACCGACUCGUCGACGACGAGCAACCCGCACGAGAAGCUCACCGCCACCACGUACCGCAUCGACACGGAGGUGCUGAAGAAGAUGAACCGCAUCCUCACGCAGCUCGAGCGCAAGGCGAACAACCUCGAGCGCAAGUUCAACCUGAACCGCUCGCUGUCGCUUAACUACAAGUCACCGAAGGCCGUCGAUUGUUGUUGCUUGUUGCAGCAGGGUGGCGGAGGCGCCGCCAGCGGCCCGUUGCAAAUCGCGCAUGCACAUCCCCAUCCCGGGCCACCACUGCACUACUGGACGCAGCAGCAGCCACCGCAGUCGCAGCAGCAACUUCCGACGGCGAACAACAACAACGUGACGAACUGCUUCAAUCAAAACAGCCCGACGGUGGCGGCGGCGGCGGCGGCACCAGCGGCGGGGAUAAGCAGUCUCCGGGCCCGCCUCUCGCUCACGAAGGACGAGAAAACGGACAAGAACAUCAACCGACGGCGGCUGCUGUUGGACUCGCACGUUGGCAAUGCCGGAGCCGGUGCACCGGCAGGAGGAGGAGGAGGAGGAGGUUCGGCAGCCGGCUGCCUGCUCGAACGGGGCGGCAAGUACGUAAGCGCGAACUGCGGCGGCGAAUCGAGCUGUCCGCACAUGGUCGUAGCUGCCUGUCAUUCCGGAGCUGCUGGAGGUGGAGCUGGGCAAACCGCAGCGGCUGGUGGCAACGUAGGUGGCGGACGACAACGACGCCACGCCGGAAGUCGCUCGAUUCGACGGCGGCACACCGUCGGCGGGACGCACGACUAUCUGUCGAACAAAAUCAACACGCAGGACUAUCACCACCACCACCAUCAGUACUACGCCGGGCAGGGUUGUUGCCCACUACGGCGCACCUAAAACCGGUUCAGCGAUUUCAUUCGAAACGAGUCUCCAAUUGCGAUUGACCAGGUGGAUAUCCUUCCACUGGAUAACUUGAUAUAUUCACAAAAACACAUACACACACACACACACACACACGGCAACAGAAUCCUCCCAGGCAACAGCAACAUUAAGCGCUCCUCAAUCUGUCUUCCGAGUUGCCUUCGGCGUCGUCCUCACAUCCGAUCGCCGGUACAUCCGUUGAUGGUACACGGAAAACUUUUUGAUGAAAUAAUAUUACUAGAGUAUGUCCGAAUAUGUGUGUGUGUGUAUGCGUGUGUGUGGGCGUGUGCUUACGCGCUUGUUGUAUGAUGUAUAGCUAUAGACAAGUAAGAGGGAAAAGUUUGCGAGAGAUUCGCAAUCACGGUAUUUUUUUUUUUUUUUUUGGUACGUACAUAUAUAGAUUUUUGUUUAGCUUUUGUGCAACGACUUGAAAAGACUCUAAAGACACGUGUAAAGGAUGAGAGGAAACAGUUUAAUGUUGAAGGUAAAGCAUAAUGGAAAAAAAACCCCCGUUUCGAACAACGCAAAAGAGGUGGCAAAGCCCAAAUUGUGAUAAAUAUUGAAAAGGCUAAAAACUAUUAUCGAAAAACAAAAACACACGAGGAAAAAAUUUGUAUUCUUAUCGUAGCCGAACACUGUGGACUAGAGUUGUGUAAAUCGGAUUCAGAUUCAUGAAUCUGAAUGAAUCUCUGCCUUAUAAGGGAUUCAUGAAUCUUUCGCCGCGAGAUUCAUGAAUCCCAAAGACACACCAAAUGAUGUAAAGUC